AAAAUGUUCAUAUAUGCCUCUAUACUUCCAGGAGACUUAGAUUGGUAUAUACUCUGUACUACUAAGUUACUCCUAAAUGUGGAAGCCUACCUCGCUUACAGCAUGCUGAUACACUCGCGCCCGUUAAAAGCUAACACGCGGCCCUACGCCGUCCCUCGGCAUGCACGACGAUGCUAAAGAUCUCUGCAUCCUAGCAAUUGAGCAAUGACAUGACCCCCCUCCGUCAUAUUCUUGCACUAUUAAGAUCGGAGAAAAGAAAAAUGAUCGAUAGUCAUAAGGAAGGUCCUUCAAAGCACGAAGACAAGAGUUAUACUACAUCUGCUUCGUCGCCCACCCGCCGCAAUUCCCCUAGCAAUGCUAGUGUACCAAAUGGCUAUGCGGUAACCGACGUGAGAGCAUCGUCAUUGGACUUCUCUCCCCUGCAGAAGCGCCAAAAUGGAAUUAUCAAGAAUGGUGACCUCAAAGAUUUUGGAAGCGGUACCCAAGGCAGCGUCAGCGGUCUUAUCACGGCAGUGUCCCAUGCAACCUUUCCCAGCUGGGCGAAUACGAUCCUGAUGAUCUCGUUGAUAUUUGGUGGUUGUUGUUCUAAUGUUUUUGCUCUGGAAGCAAUCAUCAAAGAUGAGUCAAGUGCUGGACCUCUGGUAACGUUCGCCCAAUUUACUCUGACUUCGCUUGUCACCCUGCCUAGCUUCAUAUCACCCUCUGCCGGUCCUCGAUCUUUUUUUCUUGCUCCGCGAGCUAUACCACUGAGAUCAUGGCUGGUGUACACAGGGUUUUUUAUGACAGUCAAUCUGCUGAAUAACUGGGCUUUCGUUUACAAGAUCUCUGUGCCAUUGCACAUAAUCGUCCGCUCAGGCGGCCCGGUGGCAUCCAUGAUAGUUGGCUUUUUUUACAAUGGAAAGAGAUAUUCCAAGCUUCAGAUUCUAGCAGUCUCGAUGCUUACUUUAGGUGUGGUUGGGGCAGCAUUAGCCGAUGCUGCUACGAAGGGCCAGUCAAUUCGUCCCAGUUCCGGUUCUGGUGCAAAUGAUUCUACAUUGACCACGUCAGUUGUUGGAUUCACGAUCCUCGCUUUGGCCAUGAUCCUCGCUGCAUUCCAGGGCAUUUAUGCAGAUUGGCUCUACGAAACCUAUGGUCGAAGUCAUUGGAAAGAAGCGCUUUUCUACUCCCAUACCCUCUCGUUGCCAUGCUUCUUACCCGGAUAUAGUCAGCUCUCAUCUCAACUGCGAGUCUUGUCCGCAUCGCCUCCGUUACUUUUUAAGCUUCCUCCCGCUGCCAUGGAGAGUGGCUCUGGGUCUUCUCCCGUGUCGUCUUCAAUUGGUAGCCACGUUUCCUUGCUACUCAGGUUUCUCCAGGGGAAUGCUAUAUUCAGAUCUAUCCUCGCGCAUACUCCUGUACAACUAGCUUAUCUCCUGGUAAACGCCCUGACGCAGUACCUUUGUAUACGUGGCGUGCAUCUGCUCUCUGCAAAAUCGUCUUCCUUGACCGUUACCAUUGUGUUGAAUAUCCGCAAGCUGGUGUCACUCUUGCUUUCUAUUUACUUAUUUGGGAAUAAUCUCGCUUCGGGUAUCCUUGCGGGUGCUGUUCUUGUGUUUGUGGGUGGUGGGCUGUACGGCAUUGAAGGUGCACGACUGAAGAAAAAGAGAGAUUAGAUGCCAGUGACCCGGUCUGCUUCAUGCAUUUACAAUAUAAUAUGCCUUGUGGACAUCUGUGCCCCUACACAAAUGCCAUUGUUCAUUAUUCAACAUUAGACUAGAACUACUCUGUCAGAGAUGAUACUUGAGUCUUCAUUCCAUCUAACUCUAGACCAUGCAGAUUCUGAGCAUUACAAAUGAAA